UGUUUUCUGUCAAAUUAGAAAAAAUCAGCCAGUGACCAGUGAUGUGAUCAUAGACAAACUGGAUGCAGAGAUUACUGCUGGAUUUGAUUUUUACCCCACUCUCGACAUCAUAGGAUGUAAACAAAACGAGUUUAUUUUUAGCACAGUUUAAUUAAUGAAUAAUUGAUAAUAAUGUGAUAAUUGCAAUGAUGCAUUACGUAAAUAAGGGGAUAAUAUCUCAGCAAGGGAAGUAGGGUUAUGUUCCUGAUAACAAGUAGCAUAUUAAAAAAAUAAAUUCAAUUACUGGCAGGUAUUCCUGAAUAGAAACAUAUUUUCCUUAAAAUGUGAAAGUUUAUAAUAUGACUUUGGAUAUAUUACGUAUGCCAUUUCCGAAUAAAGCUUUGCAAUGCUAUGUUCUGAUGAGCAUAUGGAUUUUGUUACUUGUAGCAGGAAUUUACAAGUUCCUUGAGACAAAACAAGUCUCUCCUGAACCUACGUUAGCUACUGAAUUAUUUCAUAACUUGGCCAUUGACGUCAGAACCAAGCGAAUCUUCAAAAUAUGCAAUUUUCCUAACGAUAUUACUGGUGGGGAUGAAGGUAUAAUUCUAUCAAAAAAAUGGACGCUGAAAGGUCUCAUAAUUUUAUUGAGACAUGGUGAUAGAGGUCCACUUCAAUACGUGAGAAACAUAUCAGCCGUGAAUUGCGGAGGUUCGCCGUCUGAACAUCUCAACUCGUACAAGAAAUAUCUCCAAAACCUCACAUCUUAUGAGAAGAUAUCAUGGAGUACACCCGGAUCUUUCCACGGUUUCCCCCUUUUACCGAUUCACCCCACACAGUGUCAACUUGGUCAAUUGACAAUGCAAGGGAUUCAUCAACAUCUCACACUGGGCGGAAUCCUCAGGCAGAGCUACUUGGAGGUCUGGCCAAGGUUGAAAAAUCUCAGUCAUUAUGACAUAACAGUUUACAGCACCAGGUACAGGAGGACCUUCCAGUCUGCCCUUGCCUUCCUCAGAAAUUUCCUACCCCACGAAAUCUUGACAAAAAUUCCUAUCUAUGAGAGUCAGAGUAUGAAUUUUUGUUUCAAGGACUGUGGUUGUCCGGCGACAGAAAAACUGACGAAAUACGUGAUGAAAUGGCUGAACCAUCAGUUGAAAUCCCAUCCAGCCGUAGCCAUUCUUUCGGAAUCCACAGGACGAUCCUUGUUUUCUCCAGGGGCGGAACAAGGCAGGCUGGGAUCUGACCCCCAGUCGGUGAGAGACGCUUUACUGACCUACAUCUGCCAUAGUAGCAGCCUACCUUGUGAAACACCUUUCAAUUGUAUCAAAAGGCAAAACGUUGCCGGUAUAUUUGCCUACACCGAUUGGUUGAAUCAUCAAAAAUGGAAAGACCCCCAUUGGCGAAGGCUUUGUCUGCUUAGGUCCUACGGACUCAUCAGGCAUAUUGUGCAACAAAUGCUCCACAUAGUAUCCAGCAGUGGGCCUUUCUUUGUUCUUUACUCAGGGCACGACCACACGAUAGAACAACUAACGACCACACUGGGUAUUCAAAAUGAUCCGUUGCUUUUGAGAUUCGCAGCUCGGAUAGUUUUCGAAGUCUAUCAAGAAAAUAGGGAUAUACCGAACAACGAAGCUACUGGAGUAUAUUUCAGGGUGCUUUCUAAUGGGAAAGAUGUGACUAGGCAAAUAACGUUUUGUAAGAAUGUUUUAGCGUUAGAGAACAAAGUAGUCUUGUGCAGAAUUGAAGACAUUGUGAGGUUCCUACAUGAUGACUAUUUCAGCAGUUUGAACGUUACUAAUUUCAAAGAUGCCUGUUGAAAAUGUUUUGUAAGAAAAUCUUAACAGAAUUUUUUGUUAAAACAAAAAGUGGUAAGCACACUUGGUAAGUAGAUAAGAAAGUUUUUGGGGUUACAUAAUAUAACAGUGUAUGUAUAUACUAACCUUCUUGAUGAGUGUUGUUGAUAAUGUGAUUUUCAUUGGUUUUGUUUAUACUUCAUCAUUAAUAAACAUUUUUAUUCUUCUUUCAUCAUUAUUUCGCUCAUUUAGUUUAAUGAAUGAAGAAAUAUAUUUUCAUUGAUUUUUAAAUAUAUGCCUAUGGAUUUUUAGGCUCAUUUCAUUGAUUGACUUUAUUUCUGUUCCUAAACAAAUCUGCUGAAAUGGGAUAUUAACCUAGAAAAGUA